GUUUUCCGGCAUAAACAUACGGUACCGAUCAUUUCAGGCAUAAGUAUUAACAGUGGAUCUCUCUCUAUCUCAUUUAACCCUAGUUGAAACUGCAAGAAUCCAUCAAGACAAGACGACGAUGUAUCGUCCUAUCGUUUUUCGCAGGACAAUGUUAGAGCUAUCAGCACGGAGACCAGUUAGAAGGAUCCCAUGUGGAAUUACAAGUCAGGAGUCUUUAUAUCUUUCCUUUCGGAAGCAAUAUUCAGUGGGGCCUGAGACAAAUGCGCCUCAAGGAUCGAAAUCCGGAAGUUUUCUCCCAAAGCUCGUUGUUGCAGGUGUUGCAUUAGGUGCUGCUGGUUUUGGUGCUUAUCAACUAUAUCAAACAACUAUUGAGGAUGGUGAAAGUUUCCCGGCUGCUAAAGUUGUUGUUGACUUGUCUAACGUGAAUAAGUAUCCACGGGAAGAGAAAAACAUAAAUGAGAAAGGAGGAGAAUCUGCAUCUCAGGUUAAUGAUAAAGAUCAACCGACACCUGAAGAAAACUCAGAAAGAGAAGAAGAUAGGGAGUUAUUAAGUGAUUCUCAAAGCAAUUUGAUAUCUCAAAAUGAAGCUGUUAUCUCAAAUACAACACCUGAUGCAAGCCUUGGCAUGAAAGGUCAAGAGGGAAAAAAUAUCCUGGAGCAGAAUGAGACAUCUGAUGCCAUGACAAUACUUGCUCAGGAUAAAGAAGUUGAAGAAGAAAAAGAGGUGAAGUCAAUACUAAUUGUGGAGCAAGCUGCUAAAGACACACCCGUGGAUAAAGAAGUUGAAGAAGAAAAAGAGAUGAAGUCAAUACUAAUUGUGGAGCAAGCCGCGAAAGACACACCCGUGGAUGCUGUUUUUGUUGGCGAGGGAAAACCAAAUACUCUCCUUGAUGUAUAUCACCUGCCAGAUAGAGAUGAGGUGCCCAUCUCAACCCAAUCAAACCAAUAUAAGGAUUUCCUUGGUGCAAAUAAAGAAUCUACUGAUGUCUAUGUGUCAAAGGAUGGAAAACUUGUUCUUGAUUUCCUACAAGCCAUUCACACAGCUGAAAAAAGACAAGAAGAGAUGGAUGCUCAUAUUUUUGCCGAGGAAAAGAGAAAAAUGAAGGAGAAAUAUGAGAAGGAACUGAAGGAUGCACGGGUCAGGGAGCUUAUGUAUGCUGAAGAUGCAGCCAUUCUAGAUAAGGAACUGAAGAAAGAAAGAGUCAAAGCUGUUUCUUCUCUCAAGUCACUUCAAGAAACAUUAAACAAUAAACUAAGGACUGAGCUUGAGCAGAAGGAAGCUGAAGCUGAAUCAAACCUGAAGCAAGUCCAGGAUCUAGCAAAGGCAGAAUUGACAUCUGCACUUGCUUGUGAGAAAUCAUCCCAGAUAGAAAAAAUGUCAGAAGCAAAUCUUCAUAUCAAUGCUCUGUGCCAAGCAUUCUAUGCACGAUCUGAAGAGGCGCGCCAAAGUCAUUCCAUUCAAAAGCUUGCUUUGGGAACACUUGCUUUAGAAGAUGCAUUAUCUAAAGGGUUACCAAUUCAGAAAGAAAUAGAAGCAUUGCACAUUUAUCUUAAGGAUAUGGAUAAGGAACCUCUUUUAGAUUUGGCUCUCUCAUCCCUGCCUUCAGAAACUCAGAACUAUGGCACAGAUACUCUCUUGCAACUAAGACACAAGUUCGAGGCAAUGAAAAAGACAGUGAGACACUUCAGCUUCAUCCCACCUGGUGGAGGUGGCGGCAUAAUCACACAUUCUUUGGCACAUAUUGCAUCCUGGUUGAAGGUUAAGGAAGUUAUUGAUGAGUCUGGGGAUGGAAUUGAAUCUGUUAUAAAUAGAGUGGAGAGCUUCCUGGAAGAUGGAAGACUGCCCGAAGCAGCAGAUGCUCUUGAGAAUUGCGUUAAAGGUACAGAAGCUGAAGAUGUUGUGAAUGACUGGGUUAAACGUGCGAGAAAUAGGGCUAUCACUGAGCAAGCUUUAACUCUACUUCAGGCAUAUGCUACUUCAGUUAGCCUUACAUAAGCAACCGCCCCUGGGGCUAUUUUUUGCAUAUACUCUGUUGUGCUCAUCAAUAAACCAACUUUGCCCUUAAAUUUUUAUUGUUUUUUGCCAACCAGAUGACAAUUUUGUAUAAAUAAUAGUUUUUUGGCAAUUCAAACAAUUUGUCAAAUGUUUCUUGGUUGAAACUCUGUUCGAUUUCUAUAGAGAAAAAAAAAAAACUGUGGUUUCUGUGG